GUGGCUCCGAGGCAGCGCGUGCCGAACGCGUAUAGUUUUCAAAAUUAGUUUUGCAUUAUUUAAUGGUUUAUUUGUCGUAGCUUUUCGCAGCUUGUUGUUUCUCUAUACGAACGAGAUUAAGGGAAUCUUAUCAGUCUGUUAUCAACGCCGCCGACUGCGUAUAAGAUAGGUGCCGGCCGCCGGAGUUCCAGUCAGUUUUUCGUUGGACUUUAACGCGAUCGGAGAAAAUUAUGGCGCCAUCCCGGAGUACGUGGUUGGGCUGCAGUUUUGGCGGCCUUCUGGUUGCCCUUUUGGCCCUGCAGUCGAUGCCCCAGGGCAGCGAAGGUUCCAAUAUCCUGGGCGUCUUCACCAGUCACAGUCCCUCGCACUUCAUCGUUCACAUGUCCAUCAUGAAGGCGCUGGCUGAGAAGGGCCACAACAUAACGGUGGUCUCUUCCGUGCCGCCGAAGGUGACCCACAAGAGCAUCAAGCACAUUGUGAUUCCCAUGAGUGCCGCGGAGGAGAAGAUCCUCAACGACGGCAUGGCGGGGAUGGUAAAAGAGAAGCCUUCAAUUUGGACCACUAUGAAGUCUAUCUUCAGCUCGCUGGGUCUGCUUAUUGACAAGCAGGUGGACGUGCUUGAGGACCACCGCUUCCAGGAGCUAUACCUCAACAAGGGCAACAAGUUCGACGUUGUAUUUGUCGGGUUCUUCUUCAACACCUACCAGGUGGCCCUGGGGGCCAGGUUUAACUGCCCCGUAAUAAUUUCUUGGUCAGGCCCACCCAUGCUCAUGGUCAACGAGGUGCUCGGCAAUCCCGAGCUGUUCAGCGUUCCCCAAAUGCAGAUUGCUGUGGCUCCAGGAAAAGCCAUGAACUUCCAGCAGAGGGCCCAAAAUUUCGUCAGCACCCUAGGCUUCAAUGCACUGAAUGUCUACCUAAACAACAAAUAUCAAAAGUUCUACAAUCGCCUUUGGGGCAACGACAAAUCGAUGCCCACCUUUGAGCAGGCCAAGAAGAAUGUCUCUCUGGCUUUCUGCAAUGGCCACGCCAUCAGCGAAGGUCCCAUCCGUCCCAAUGUGCCUGGUAUUAUCGAGAUUGGUGGCAUCCAGGUGAAGAGCAAGCCCGAUCCACUGCCGGAGGACAUCAAGGAGUUCCUCGACAAUGCAAAGAAUGGAGCUAUUCUCUUCAGUUUGGGUUCCAAUUUAAAAGCAGAACACUUCAAUUCGGACGUGGUGGGCAAUGUUUUCAAGGGCUUGAGCGGCCUGAAACAGAAAGUAAUUUGGAAGUGGGACGACCUUGAGAAGACCCCUGGCAAGGCGUCGAAUAUUCUCUACAAGAAGUGGCUGCCCCAGGACGAUAUCCUGGCUCACCCUAAGAUAAAGCUAUUCAUCACCCAUGCAGGAAAAGGAGGUGUAGCUGAGGCCCAGUACCACGGAGUCCCCAUGCUGGCUCUUCCCGUCUUCGCCGAUCAGCCAGGCAACGCCGAUAAGCUGGUGGAGAGUGGCUACGGCCUCCGUCUGGAACUGAACUCCCUGGAUGUUGCCGAGUUUAAGGAAGCCAUCAAGAAGAUCAUUGAAAAUCCUAAGUACGCUCAGAAGCUGAAGAGCUUCUCGCAGCUGUACCGCGAUCGUCCUCUGAGUGCCCAGGAAUCGGUUGUCUACUGGACGGAGUACGUGAUCCGCCACCGUGGAGCUGCUCACAUGCAGAGUCCUCUGGUGCACAUGAGCUUCGUCGCCAGCAACAACCUGGAUAUCUGCAUUAUCACCGCCCUGCUCCUCUACGUUAUCUUCAUCAUCAACAAGAUCUUUUGGAAAUUCAUCUGGAAAAAGCUAUUUGGCAAAUCGAACAAAGCUUCUCAAAAGAAGAAGGUGAAGAAGCAGUAGAUUAUUAUAGAUUAACACGAAUUGUAAUAUUAAACGAAUUGAUUAUGUACUCGAUAACGAUAAAUAAAAUGCCAAACUAGAUUACGAAUCCGACGAAUAAAAUGAAGAUGUCUAAAUCUAAA